AUGCAGCUGUCCUACGUGGUUGUCGACGUCUUCACCACCACUCGUUACGAGGGCAAUCCGCUGGCCAUUGUCAAGCUCCCAGCCGAGCAACGCAAUAAGCUGAGCCAACAACAAAAGCAAGCUAUUGCCAAAGAAUUCAAUCUUUCCGAGACGGUAUUUGUGCACGAGCCGUCUGAGGGUGAGCCGGUCGACACUAUCGCGGCAGACAUCUUCACCAUUGAGACGGAAUUGCCUUUUGCAGGCCAUCCGACCAUUGGCACGGCAUACUAUCUUCUCAAGGAGCAAGGCCGAAACGUCAAAACGCUUUUGCCAAAAGCCGGUCCGAUUUCUCUCAACUUUGACGGGAAAGUUGUAGGUGCGCAAAUUCCACAAAAAUUCCAUAUUCACGAUGCUCGGUUGGCGAGCAAUCUCAGCGAUGAUCGAAAUUCCCCAAUUGCAUCCAUUGUCAAGGAACUGAACUUUGUCCUUAUUCGCCUUCCGGAUACUUCGACCUUGGGCAAUGCAAACAAGGGUGUGUUGCAGAACCCUUACCAGCCAGACACCUUGGACGAAGGAUGGCAGAAAGGUGUCUUGGGUUCCUACUUUUACGUUUCUUUGGGAAUCGAUCGGAACGGACGACAAGCGAUCAGGACGAGAAUGCAUCUUGACUUUGAAGAUCCGGCCACUGGAAGCGCUGCGAGCACGCUGGCAUGCUACUUGUCGUUGCAAGAGCCGGCUUCAAAGGGUGCGGGACCAUUUGAGUAUGCUAUCACCCAAGGCGUUGAGAUGGGACGGCGCAGCGAUAUCAUAGUCAAGGUUGUCCGCAACAGCGAGGGCACGGGCAUUGAGACAGUCACCUUGAGCGGCGCUGCCAUCAAGGUGAUGGAAGGCGUCUUGGAGGUCGAUGUGUAG